AUGAAAAAUAUUAGAAUUAUAAUUGAUAAUGAAUUUGUUCGUGAGCUGUCUCUAGAGUCUAGACGCUCGUAUGACUUGCGACUACUAUCAAUUUGAGAAUGUUGAAAUAUAAUAUUAUAUUAACCGUUUAUGAGUUUAUGAUAAGGACCGUUUAUUUUAUUAGUGAUAUAAACCUUUUUUUGUACUGUCUGGUUUAUGAACAUAUAUACUGUUUGGUUAUAUGUAAUCUAUUAUAGUGAUUAUAAGUUGAUACGAAUAUGAAAAUAAGGUAAAAGAAUAAUCAAGGAUAAGGAGGUUGUUUUCAUGUGAUGAACAAUAUCUGACAAUAUAAUAUCAUUUUUAAUAUUUUUUGGAUACUGUAUAGUUGAACGGUGUUUUGAUGUUAGCGGUAAAUCAUUGUCGAUUUAUUUUUAUCAUUCUUGAAGACUUCAUCGUACAUUGAAAAAUGACUAUAAAUAUAUAGAGCGAUGUUUACUUACAUUAUUGUAUAGAGCAAAAUUUCAGUUGGAUGAGUUACACAAAUAUUACGAACAGAUUUCAAAGCCGAAUAUCGAGUAAGUAGAUUUUUAUUUUCGAAUUUUGAUAGCUUGCUUAUUCCAGGAGUUUAUCAAGGGACUUGAAAAUGUUUGUUUUUAUUUUGUUUUAUAGUUUUCUAUUUGAAAUGUUAGGUAGAUAUAAUUUGUUUGAGAAUAAUUAAAACGGUUUCUGUUUGGGUAAACUAAUCAAAAAGAAAAACAUAUUAUGUAUUCAAUGACAGUGGUCUAUCCAGAAUAUUAUUUUCUUUUUUUUGGAGUGGGGUGUUUUUCUCGAAAUGUGUACAUAGUACAAGUUGUCCUAUGUAUACAUUGUGAAAUUAUACAAGAAUAUUUAAUUAACAUGUAAGUAUGUGAUUUCUUAUUUAUUUAUUGAGAGAUAUUAACAAUCAGCCUCGAAAUUUAUAUUUUCUUAAAAACUAUUAUUUUGAGUAAUUAAAUUAUUGAUUAAAAUUUACAAUACGUAGGCACAUAGUUCUUUUUAUUAAUUAUAAAUGUAUUUUAAGUUUUCUUGUGGACUACGUCAGUAGUCACAUUAAUUUCACAAUGUAUGUUCAUUAAGGCUAAACCAUUUAAACGGUUUUGACCAGUGGAAUUUCUUAUAUAGGUUUUCAAACGACGUAAAGUCAAAAAUGAUCAUUCUCCUGUUGCAGUAUCUGUUGAAAAAACUAGGUUUUGAUACUGGUAGUGUUAUGAAAAUUUGUAAAAGUUUUGAUAUAAUCAAAUAAAUAUCUGGAUUUGUAUUUAAAUAACGAUCCAUGGCAUUCAUUUUCUCUUCAGUAAAUGUUGAUGGCUAGUGUAGCAAAAUUCUCCAUUUAAAAUAUUAUUUAUGUUGGAGUCAGUUGGAGUACAUUCUUCAGGUAUUUCUUGGUAUAUUUCAACUAAUUUUUUAAACAUAUCUCUUGUUUCUUUGGAUAUUUUCAUUCCUGUUUUUGGUAAAAUGCGCUCAAAAUUACUCAAAAUGGAUUUCUGUGUUAAAAACUGGAUUUUAAUUGAUCCAAAAAAUAGUUUAAAAUGUAAUAAAAAUUUUCAAAUUUUUUGAAACUAUAUUGCAUCUGUGUUGUUGAAGUUUAUUUUAACGUGGCAAGCUUCUAGUUAUUUCAAAUUUUUUAUUAAUAUUAUCAAUAAAAAAAAAUUAAUUUUUGAAAUUCUUCAUCACAAGUUUUUCGAAUAUGUUGAAUUUUUGUUUGAACAGUGGAGGUAUCUUCUAGUACAGUUUAUAAGUCAAUACAUUCUUUUUGUAUGUAAAAAUCAACUUAGAGGGAAACUAGGUAGGAAGAUAAAAAAAAUAACAGUUUAAAUGGGCCAAAUGGUGAAUUUGUGCACACACAGUUAUACCUAUAACACUAAAUAAUAAAUAAAGAUGUAUAAAUAUAAUUUUAAUAAUAAGUAUUAGUCUCAAAUAUAAGACAGAUACCUUCUUUACAAAACGCAAAUGAGGAACAAUUUUAUAAAAUUAAAUUUUUAAAAUUGUUUGCAUUAAAAAUAUUCAAUAAUAUAAUAUAGAUAUAUAAAUCUAAAAACAGAAAUUUUUUAUCCGUAACAAGUAAUUUAUUUAAUUAAGAGUGUAAUAAAAAAAAUUCGGGAUAGUGGAGGUGUUAUAACCCCAUAUCCAUCCUGGAUAUGCCACUGCUCAAAUAUUAGUAACAGAUUUUAAGCAGUUUCUUUUUUUUAAUAAUAAAAUAGUUAUCUAAGCUAAAAUCACAAAUUAAACUGUUUUAUUAUGUGAUAAAAUGUUUUAGAUUCACAAAUUUUAAGAUUUGAGAUUCACUAGUAAAAAUUCUGAUGGAAAUCUAACUCACUGAAUAAUAUGUACUUAUACUUUGGUAUUAAAUUAUUAUAUUCAUUUGAUAUUGCAAUGAAGCUCUCAUAUAAAUUUGGUUUGAUUUUAUUGAUAUUAUAUAGACUCAUUGUCUGUGGCUUUAUGUAGGCCAUCCUUGUUUGUCCAAAUAUACAGUAUAUAUAAGUAGAAUUACAUUUGAUAUAUUUGUUUCUAUUUAGUUUAAGUGUAUAUAAUUUUUUAAGUGCCUAAACUUUCAAAUAGAUGAUAAGAUUUUUGUGAAAUAUACAAUUUAAUAAUAUUCUUAUCAUAUUGCAUAUUGAUUUAAGCUAUGAGUUUUAUCUUAUUAUUUAUUUUUAGUAAAAUUAUUCAUACACAGUAUUGGGAAAUAUCUAGGUAAAAAUUAUUUAUCUUUUAUCUUAUCUAAAUAAUUGUCAACUCAGUUGUAUUCAUCUUCAUCUAGGUAAAAUUCAAUAAAAUCUGUACACAAAAUUGUUUCUAUAAUCAUUUUCCAAAAUGCAUACUUGAAUUUUAAAUUCCAACUAGUUUAAAAAUACUUCUAACUAGCCUAUGUGACUUUUUCGUGACCUAAUUUAGAUUUAUCUAAUUUUAUUUUUAGUCAUUAUCACACUUUCUACGCCAACAAAAUGAAAUUGAAAUAAACUAAAACCAAAUUUGAAUCAAACAAAUUAUGUCAGUUAUCACAAACAUAUCAUUUAUCAUUCAUAUAAUUAUAUCUAUCAUAUUGUACUAUUCGCUAUACAAUAUUUUUUUUAUAAGAAGUGGUGUGACAUAAUUUAGUCUUCAACUAUAGAUAGGGAGCGCGUAAAAAUCUGGAAUGUGCAAAUCUCGAAAAAUAAUUUUUAUUUUAUUAGAAUAAACGCCAAGCGGCUUUUGGAACAAUAUAUGUAGAGUAAUAAAAGUUACAACCAAGAACCAAGUUAGACCAAAAACAUUGCUGAUAUGACUAUAGUCGUUGGGUGGGUGAGGAAGAUUGAGGUAGUAACUUGAAAAGCUGAGAAAACGGUUCUGAACAUUGUCUAGAUGCCUUAUGUCAGAGAAUCGAAGUUCGCUGAAUGACGCUUUAAAAAAUCUAGUACACUGAGGGCUUUGUAAAUAACAAAAUCAAUAUGAGGUCGACAAUUAAGUGAGGGAACAUAGAGGAAGGCCAAAAUUCUUAAGUUUGGUAACGCGUAUGAUGGGGAAAGAGUCAAAACAAUAAUCAAACUUAAUAAUUCUCUGGUGAAAUGAAAAUGUAUUACUUCACAUUUAUUGGUAUUUAUGGUUAUCCCCACCGAAUUACACCAUCUAACAAAUUUGUUUAUAGCUUUCUGGAGAAGAAAACAGUCACCAAGAGAAAAGUCAGCCUAGACAAUUUUGGCGUCAUCAGCAAACGGAAAAAUACGACAUGGGGUGAUUUGUGGGUAAACAGUUUUGAUGAAAAUAUUAAAAAGGAGGGGACCUAAGUGGCUACCUUAAGGAACACCAGAAAGGAAUUUAAACUGUUCAGAGAACUUACCGUAGAGAUUAACGAACUGCCUGCGAUCGUUUAAGUAGGACUUUAACCACGAUAAGAGAAGAUCGCCAACUCCGAGUUGGUCUAGAAAGAAAAUCAAGGUACCGUGGUCGAUUGAGUCGAACACUUUCGAGAAGUCUGUGUAUAUGGCGUCUAGUCGGUAUUUAGAAUUAAAUGAAUCAUGCAGAUAAGAACUAAAGUCGUUAACAGAAUUGAAAACUCUGGUUACUUUUGAGCGACUAGGGAAAAAACCAUGUUGGUCCUGAGAAAGCGUUAACAGAAGUGACUUCAAUACAUUUAAGUACGAUUGAUUCGAAUAUUUUACCUAAGAAUAGGAGAACAGAAACUGGUCGAUAGUUGGUAAUAUCUGCCGGAUUCUCUGAUUUUAAAAUCAGAGUAACGCGACUACAUUUUCAAAUGGAGAGAAAUAUCCCUUCAGCAAGUGAUUUAUUGAAAAUAGAAAUCGGUGAACUGAGUAUGUCACAUCACAAAAUAAUUACUAAUACAGUGUCACCAACUUCGAAUAAAAAAGAAAUUUGAAUUUCUAUACUCAAUUAUAUAUUAAAUGCAUCCCAAUUUUACAUAUACACUUAAUAAUAACAUCUAAUAUAUAUUCUGUUAAAAAAAUGAUAUGAUAGCUGUUCUCUGACACUGGUAAGAACUUCUAGGAAGUUAAUUUCCCAAGCGUAAUUAAGGUAGGGUUAAUAUGUUGUUUUUUCUUACAAUUUUUAAAAGAAUAGUUUUGGUCGCGGACGUAUAUGAUUUUGGUACAAAAAUUGGUAACACUAGAGUAAUAGAAAAUUAUUUUUCAAGAUUUGUACUGUACAUUCCAGAUUUUAUACACGCUCCCGAAAGUCUGGAGGGCAAACAAUUAAAAAUGGUUUUAAAAUAAAGCUUAACUGAUUGUACAAUAUUGAAAAAAAAAAAUAAAAUCCACUUAAAAUCCUCCGAGAAAAUUACUGAUUCAUGUUAAAAGAGACAUAUUUUGCACAAUGGGUGGGACUCUGUUGUAUGUGAAAAGUUGGGGAGGUAGGAUAGAGAGGAAUUUAAUUUAAACUAUUUCCAUUGAUUAUAGAAUAGACUAUUCUAUAAUCAAUGUUAUUGCUAAUGAAAAACGGAUUCGGAGCGAAGUUCGGUUAUACAUGUUUUGAAAUACUGUACGAUUUUUAUGGAAAUUUGAUAAUAAAAUUCUUAUAGAAAAAAAAUACUACAUUAAACUAAUUUUUUUUUACCACAUAGUCGACUUUUAAUGAAUUUCCUGUAAAUUGCCAUAUAUUUUUGUUUAGACUAAUAAUUUUGUCCACAGAGUCACCUACCGAAUACAAAUUAUGUAAAAAACUCAGAAAAUUAAAAUGGUACAAAUGUUUUAAAAAUUUUACCUUGUCUAGAAAAAUCAAAUAUAAGUUUUCGCCUAAAUUUCAAGUCUCUAACAAAUAUUUUGAACUAAAUUAAAACGAAAAAUAAAAGAAUUAUUUUUGUAAAUUUUCUUGGAUUUUUUUUUGCCCAAUUAUGAUGUAAACUACUUGAAAAAUAAUAAAACUGGUCUCCUUCAUGUGCAACUAGUUCUUAAAUGAAGCAAUGAAGGUCUCUGGUCUUUUUUUGAUUGAAGCAAAAUUUCAUGAAAUCAUUAGUCCGUAAAUAUUUGUCAAUUUCCUCCUACGCUUUACUUAAUUUUUAUGAAAUCCGUUGAGAAAAUCAAAAAAUUACCACUCUAUAGUAACCAACUAGAAUAAACUUUUAUAAAAUGUGUUACACUUGAUACAUCGGACUAUUGGAUCAAGACUUCUGGUAGAAAUUCAGUACACUGUGUAUGAAAAUAAAAAAAAUAAUCAUCAUUGUAAAAUGAUCCCUACUCUUCGAAUCUAAAAUAUGUUUAUAUAAUUUUUUCCAAAAUUGUCCAAAAAUUUUCUAUGGAAAAUUCCUGAAAUAAAUCCUUUAAAUAGAUUUAAAAUGUCUCAAGUUUAUUAAUUAUAUUUAAAAAUAAUAAUAUUUUAUGUACUUUUAACCAGGUACAAUAUUAUCUAACAGCGAAACUUAAAAUCAACAAAUUACAAGUUUGAAAGAAAAGAUAUCUAACAAAGUUGAUUAUAAUGAUAAAGGCAUAUUAGACAUGUUUUGAUGUUGGUUCAUUACAGCUAAAUAAAAUAUUGAGUAUGUUCUAUUUUUAAAUUGAUGAAAAAAUCAGUGUGUCAUUUUGUUUAUCAUAUAAAAUGACAAAAAUAUAUGUGAUUAACUGUCUUACAGAAAGAAACUUGAUGCCAAAAAUGAAUACUUGUCCUACAGUAAGACAUGGUAUAGUAUGUGGAGGUAAGUUGAAGGAAUAUAAAAAAAAAAGUGGAAAAAAACACAAUGGCGUUUUUACAAAAACUACUACUUAUUUACGAUGUCAAAAAUCAAAGUGCCAAACUUAUCACUCGUUAAAGAAGAUAUUGAGCAACAAUAUAUCAAGUAAGUUUUAAUGAAUAUAUUAUUUUUAAUAAAUUGUAGUCAUAGACUGAUUGGAACUCAAGACUGAUCCAAGAAAAUUAUUUUAUAACGGACCCAUAUUUGAGGGGUCAAGUAUACCUUGUUUCUGUUUGUUAUAGCCUAGAGAAGCAAUUUUAUUAGGCUAAUAAGGGACGGUGAAACUUUAUGUAUAAUUUACCUAUAAAAACGACUCCUAAACCUACAAACACUACUUUUUUUUUUUUACCACCAAGUACAACUGAUCAUGAACCUGUUUCAUUUUCCAGCAUUUCUGUUUGAUCAAACCAUUAUAUCUUACUAAAUAAAACUAAUAAACAAAAAUAGAAUACUAAUAAAUAAUUCAAAAAUAUUUUCAGAAUAUUUUGAAAAUAUUAUCAUGUUUAGAAAAUGUCCAUAUGAGUUUUCUGUCAAAAUAUUAAGUCUAGUUCUCUAUUAUAAUUUUAAAAGGUAAACCAAUUUUAUUUGAAAAAAUUAUAUAAUGCAAUAAGAUGACAUAGGUUUGAAAAAGUUUUAUUUGUUAUCCAAAAAACAUUUUAUAGUUUAGAGGCUUAUACAAAUGAUGCUACAAUACCACCAAUAAUAAUAGUAUGAUGGAUAAUUUUUUUUUUUUUCGAUACUAAAUAAAAUUGGUUUACUCCCUAUGUAAAUAUGUAAUAAAUAUUAGCUCCUCUAUUACCUAUUGAUAAUUAUUUAAAUCAAAAUUUACUCUAUUUUAACACAACCUUAAGAAUACUACAGGUUUUGUUUUACUUACACAGGGUGUUUCAGAAAUUAAAGAGGACAUUGAUAUAAGCUUACUCACUAUUCCCAGCCCAAUUGACAUUCAAAACCUGGGUUUUAUCAAAUUAUUUGCAGAAUGUUUUCUUAAUUCUACAAAUUAAUGCUCGAAUGAAAUUUCUUGUAAAAUUUUCAUGCGGCUUUUUUCAUGUCUGAUUUAUGAAAUUUAAAAAAUUGUGUGACACAUCAAUUUGCAUGAGAAUUGCUAGAUAAACAUUAGUGAAAUUCAUUUGUUGUAAUUUAUUAAUUAACAUAAUUUUUGCAUUGUGUCAGCUAAUAAUCUAAUAUUUUCAAUUGAUGAAAUAAUAACAAUAUCCUAGUUAAAUGAUCAAAUUUAUUGCCAUAAAUCUAAGUUAUGUAUUUUAGAUGUAAUACCAUCCGUCAAACACCAGAUUUGUUAGAAAUAACUUGGAGUUCAUUACAUUGCCUUGUAGUAAAGUGCAUUGAAGCCAACUGGAGCACAUUUGACUAUUGUAUAUAAAAAUUGAUUUCAAGUGGAUUUUAUUAUUUAAACAUUUUGUUAAUUAAUCAGAUAUGAUAAAUGACUACAAAUAAAUUUCACCACUGUUUAUCUAGUAGUUCUCAAGCAAACUGACAUCACACAAUAUUUUUUUAAACUUGCGACACAAAAAAACGCCACAUGAGAAUUUAACAAGAAAUCUGAUUCAUUCAAGUAUUCAUUUUUAGAAUCAAGAUAACAUUCAGUUGAUAAUUUGUUAAAACCAAGGUUUUGAAGAUGAAAAAAAAUUUCAAAUGUCAUUGAGCCACCCCAGUGAUUACACUCAUAUCAGUGUCUUCAUUAAUUUUAAAAAAACCCUAUAUAUGUAAAACAAAUAGUCUACGAAUAUUUUUACCCGAAUAAAGAAAAAAAACUAAGUUGAAAAUAUUAAAGGCAACCCUUAUAUUGAAUUAAAUAAUUUAUUAUGUUGAAGGUCACACAUUUAAUGUCCGUCGGAUUUACCAUCCGAUCGACGUCCAAUACAUGCUACGACCACUGAACUCUAUACAUGGAACAUGCAUUAGACCCCUCAACUUGACCCCCUAUUGGACAACAGCUAUUUAUUGUUUUCGUAUAUGGAAUAAAUAAUAAUUCAUAGAAAAAUUUACCGGGUGUUGUUAUAUUUCAUGAUAAUAAUGUGCGUAUUAUAGUGUAUUUUAGGAAUUACAUAGGUAUCAAGCCAUAGAGUAUACUCUAUGUAUGUACCUAUAUUAAGACAUUACAUAAUAACAUAACCCUAAAUUAGAUUGAUUAUUUUACAAAAGUUAUUAAAAUAAGGCACCUCUUAAAUUAUAAUUUUUUUAAUGAGUUCAAUUUUGAAAACGAUUCCAUUUCAGCGAAAUUAUCUACUGACGUGUUCCACGUUCUUAUGACUAGGUUAGUUACGUCCGUUACGAGAUGGGGUCACUUUUCCCAAAACCAUGGAAGAAAAAUUUUAAAUGACAAAUUACGCCAACCUUAACUAAAUUAAACAUUUUCAAACGGGAAUCUAAAGUUAUUAAAUGCACAAACAUGAAAUACAUUAUGUAUUUUGACCUUUUCCUGUUAUAAUGUUAAUACGGUCGUAAAUACGGCACCUAUAGACCUAACGGGGUAAUUCGCUCGCUCGAACUGUUUUAAUCGAAAAUAACCCUCAAUUUGCUCUGCAAAACCACAUCGGAUUGGUAGGAGUAUAGGAUAGUACGGUUAAGAGAAGUAAUGUUAAUUUUCAGAAAAUUUAGUUUUCUAAAUUGGUGUAUCUGAUUCAAAUUUUGUUAUCUUCGGGAAAGUGCCCUAUGGCCGUCUGUUGCAACCACGUAUUAAGAUAUAUAUUAAUCAAUAUUUAAUAAUCCGUGGUAGCAACAUACGUUCUUUCAACGCUAGUGUGAUCCUAACCAAUUAUCGGAUGUAAAAUACACCAGUUUCAAUUAACGUUAACAACUAUCAUAUACAUAAACGCUAUAUUAUAAUAAUCUGUACUCUAAUGUGUCGGCAACAAGUUUUAUCGAUUUUUGAAAAAUUUAAAAUUGUAACAUACAUCGACCUCGUUGUUAAGUUUAUUUGUUAAAUAUUUCCUUCUAACUUAAGAGUAUACCCGGUGACGGACGAAAACACAUCUGUUUUCGCGCAUGUGUUCCCACCACUGAACUAUAUACUAUGGAAGGCAUAUAAUGCAUAUUUUCCAUAUAAAAUUGAGCGGCCCAAUUGGCCGCCAUUGUGAUUCCGUUUCAAUUAUUUCCGAUAUCGUACAUACCGUGACCAAUUUCAUUUAGUGGUUUUCGAUGUUAGUUUUUGAAUUCAUAUUGUUAAUAUUAUUUUUUAUAAUCAAUGAUAAAAAAUAAUAAAACAAAAAAUAAAAUUGGUGUGGUAUGCCAACUACUUUACACUAUGCGCCUGAAGUCAGAAACUAUCAUCGAAAACCACUAAAUGAAGUUAGUCACAAUACGUACAAUAUCGGAAAUAAUAUAUGUAUGCGCAAACGGGUGUACUAUUAAGUUGGACAGGGUAUAAUCCCGUUUAAUUUAUUUAUAUAUUUUUAAUAUUUAAAGUAUUCAUCUAAAACAAAAUUUUUUUAUUUGUAUAUUUUAAACAUAUUUAUGUUUUAUAUUAUUUCAAAUAGAUGCAAUAUUACCUAGCAGUGAAGACCAAAGUCAACAAAUUAUAAAAAGGGAAGAAAAUCCAUUAAAUAGUACAGAUAUUAAUGAUGGACACCAGGAUUUUGAGAGUUCGCUUUCAGCAGAAUUUUCAAAUCUUGAAAUGAAUCAUUUAAAUAGAAUUAAAGUUGAUCAAGCUGAAAAUCAUAAUGUAAAAAUAUUAGAAGAUUUCUGCAUUAAUUCUCAAUUAAGAUCAAGUAACAGUGAAUUGUCUGUUCAAAAUCCUAAUUUGAAUAAGUCAAAAAAAAAAAAGUUGAAUAAAUCAAAAGAAAAUUCAUCUUUGAAAAUAUGUCAAAAUCCGAAAAGAAAAAUUUCAUUUGAAAGUGAAAAUAAAAUAAAAAAAAAUAAUAAUAUUAGAUCUUAUAAUAAAACUGGGAAAAUUUCUUUGGGGUUAAAUGCUUCUAAUAAUGUUCCAAGACAAAAGUCACACCUAAAAGUUUCAUUUAGUAUACCUACAAUUUGUAAGGAUCAAUCUACUAAUGAUAAAGUAUUAUACAACAGUACUACAGGACGGUUUUUACAAAAUUGUAUUUGCCUUCAUUUGUCAUCUGAAAUUGAACAGUGCAUUGAAUGCACUAUCACACUCAUGAAAAGUAAUUUAACCCAAUAUGAUUAUGAUAAUGUUCAGUGCAGGUUUUAUGCUUUUCGUGAGUUGGAAUUAAAAUCCGAACAAUUAACCAUUGCAGGAUAUCCUGAUCCGUUUAAAAAUGCCAGUAUAUUAGAUCUUGAUCUUUGGAAACCUGAUCAACACUCAUUUAUUCCUAGUGAUUUAAAAAUUCGAGCUUCAAUAAAAAUUUUAGAAGAUGCAGGUGGUCAAUUAUGCAAAGUUAUUCAAGAUGAAAAAGAAGCAUUAAAAUUAAAUUUGUCAGGAACACAAAAUAGUAAAACGCCAAUAUGGAAAAAACCUGUGAAAGGUGUAAGAGAAUUGUGCGAUGUUUGUAAAACAACAAUAUUCAAUUAUCACUGGUCCUGUCUUAUAUGUGGGUUUGUAGUUUGUGUUGAUUGUAUUAGGAACAAACUCGGAGAUAAGAAAUCUACAACACAACAUGUAGUUUUUAAACAAGAUAAUCCAGUUUGGUUAGUUUGUUCCAAUCGUAAAGAACAUCAGCUUGAUCAACUUACUCUUACACAAAUAUUGGCUGGUGAUUCCUUAAAUUAUAUUUCAACACUUAUGCACAACGUGUGUAUUAAAUAUGAAAUACCUUUAAAGUGUAAAUGUAGUUGUUGUAUACCAAAAAUUGCAUUACCAGUUAUUAAUUGUAGUCAAUUUGAGACUGAAAUUCCUGAAAACAUGAUACAAGACAUUUUUCCAGAAGAUUCUGAUUGUAAAGAUAAUUUUUUUCCUUAUUAUGAAGAUAAUGCAAAUAAAAAUUUUGAUGGAAUUGAAUAUAAUUAUAAAAAAGAGUCAUUGCCAAAAUUAACAAAAAUGAUUGACACAAAUUAUGAUAGCCCCCCUCAUAUGUGGCUAUGUAAUGGACUUUUAUUAAAUUUAUUAGAUCCAGACACUGAUGCAAAUUAUGAACUAUUUCAGGUAUUUAUAAAAAUAUAUAUUUUAUAUUAUGUUAAUAUUGUUGUAUACAAGUAUUAUCUCUAAAAAGCUGUACUAGGAUAAUGGAGACGCGUAUGGUUAUAGGUAAUUUAAUAAAAGCAAUGAUAAACCAUUGUUAAUGUAAAAUGAUUCUGAGCAGAGUUCAGUUGAUAGUGAUGCUUUGUCAACAAUAUAUAACAUAUAUUACAGUAAAAUAAUUAAAUAGCCAUUAAAUAUUUUCUUUAAUAAUAUUUGUUUAAUGUUGUACCGAUUUUCCUUUGUUUUUUGGGGGGGUUUUUCACAUUUGAUGAGAAAACUCUAGAGAAAAUCAAAAAUGACAUGUAUUUUAUUCCUUCCCUGUCAGAUUUCCCAUCAGAAAAUGUGCCAUCAUUGUAAAUCUGAGUAUAAUUGCUGGUAAAAAAGUUAUUCACAGGAAAAUAGAAGGCCGUAAUAUUUUUAACCAAUACCUAUGUUUCGUACAUUUUCCUAUUUUUACAAUGUUUUUUAUGGUUGUUGAGAAAACUCCUGGGAAAACUGAUGACCUUAAGUACAUCCCCAUACUGAUUUACUUUCAGAAAAGGUGCUACAUUUAAAAAUCGGAGCAAGAUUUCUGGUAGAAAAGUUGCACACAGAUAAAAAAUAAAUAAAUAUCUUUGGAAAAUCAUAAUCUUCUUUGCUCCACUCAGAAUCUAAAAACCAAAAAAGUGACUUAUAAUAGUUCAAUAUGGUAACUUGAAUAAAUAUAGUACAACAUAUUUUGAUAUAGGAAACUAAAAUACCAACUUUAUGGUUGAAUACCAAAAAGAAUACAGAUCAUAUUAUAUUAAUUUUGGAAGGGUGGAUGGAAUAGAGAUAGUGAGAAAUAUAUUUUAGAUUCUCAGUGGAGCGAAGAAGCUUAUAGUUUUACAAAGAUAUUUUUAUUUUUUUUUUUUAUUUGUGUGCAACUUUUCAAUGAGAAGACUUGCUCGGAUUUCUAUGUGUAGCACUUUUUCUGAAAGGAAAUCGGUGUGGGAAGUUACUUUAAGGAGAUCAUCUUUCCAAUUUUUUCCAAGAGCUUUCCCAGCAAAUGUGAAAAACCAGGAUAAAGCAUGGGGAAAAUAUUAGAAAACUGAGAAAAUCAAUACAACAUUACAUUGAACAAAUAUUAUUAAAGAAUAAACUUUGUCAACUUCGUUCGACAAAGCAUCACUAUCAACUGAACUCUGCUCAGACUAGUUUUUUCUUGCAGGUAUGUAUUAAAUUAUCUAAACAGUGGCUGCACCCGUCCCCAUUAUCCUAGGAUGUCUCUUUUAGUAUGAAUAAUAAUAGAAAAUUUAGUUUUUUUCUUAAAAUAGUUGAGAUAUUUUAUAAAGGCUUUAAAAAUGAAUAAAAUAUUAAAUAGAAUGUUAAAAUAUCUGGGUUUAUUUAGGAAGUGUGUAUUAAACUAAAUAUUAAAGUAUCGAGACCAUUAUUAUUUUAUUAUCAAAUACUAUUAAGUAUAUUAUUUUUCAGGAACAAUGGAUACGUGGGCAACCUGUAUUAGUCAGUGGUGUAGGUAAAGGUUUGAAUAAAUCAUUAUGGAAUCCAGAAUCAUUUUCUCGAGAUUUUGGUGAUCAAAUAAAUGACCUAAUAGACUGUAGUACAAACAAAGUCAUACACGAUCAACCAAUGUCAAAAUUUUGGGACGGAUUUGAAGAUGGUUCCAAAAGAUUACGUGACAAAGAUGGUCGUUCUAUGAUGUUGAAACUUAAGGAUUGGCCACAAUCAGAAGACUUUGCCGAAAGAUUACCAGACAGAUUUAAAAAUCUUAUGGAUUGCUUGCCAUUGAAAGAAUACACUCAUCGAAAUGGCAAAUUUAACUUGGCUUCUUAUUUGCCGGAAUGUUUCGUUCGACCAGACUUAGGUCCAAAAAUGUACAUAGCUUAUGGUAAUGCAGGCACUACUCAUAAACUAUUAGGCACCACAAACUUGCAUUUAGACAUGUCAGAUGCCAUCAAUGUUAUGGUUUAUGUUGCUAUUACGAAGAACUGUAGUGAAAACAAUUUUGAGUGGUACGUGAAGGAAGCAAUUAACGUGAUUGAAGAAGAUGAGUGUGAUGUAUUGUCAAAAAAAAGAGUUUAUGUAAAUGGAGAAAUACCCGGUGCUGUAUGGCACAUUUAUCAUGCACAAGAUGCAGACUACAUUAGGGAUCUGUUGCAUAAAAUAGAUAUUGAACAAGGAGUUUUAAUGGAAGAAUGCAGUGACCCGAUCCAUGAUCAAUCACAUUAUCUAGACAAAUAUCACAGGGACCGCCUGUAUAGAGAAUAUGGAAUCAGAGGUUAUACAAUUAUCCAGUGUGCAGGCGAUGCGGUGUUUAUUCCGGCAGGAGCUCCUCACCAGGUAUUUAUUAAUUUAGUGAUAGCAAAUUGGAAAUGUACAGUUAAUGGGGGGGUAAAUAGAACCAAUUUUAAAUUAAAAUUUUUAUAUAUUUUACGUAUAGACUUAAUAUUUUAGUGUACAAAUGUGCGUUGAAUCCAAAAAUUGUUACUUUGGGAAUCAUUUUGUAUACAGUAUAGAUAUUAUAAAAAUCGAUCGUGUACAAUAUGAAUUUAAAAGUAUCAUUUUUUGGACUGAAAGGUAUUUUAUGUAAAUUAGGUAGAUACGUUUUUUACUUUAUCCUAAAGAGUGGUCCUUAUUUUAGAUUCUGAUUGGAGUGAAGAAUGUAUUGGUUUAAAAAAAUUAAUUUUUUCAGGUGGUACUUUAUGGAGGGUUUUUUCAAUUUUCCUAAGAGUUUUCACAUCAAAUGUGAAAAAUUAAAAAAAAAACAGGAAAAAUGGAAAAAUGUAGGAAACAUAUUAGUAAAAUAUUACAAUUUAUUUUUUUAUGUUGGAGCAAUUUUGCUCCAACUUUUAAUGAUAGCAAUUUCACUGAGGAGGUAUUUUAGAGAGGUCGUUUUUUGAUUUUCUUCGAAUUUUUUUUCGGCAAAUGUGAAAAACUGGAGAAAAACGUAGAAAACCGGGGAAAUCUGUACAAUAUUAAACAAAUCAAAAAAUAUAUAUAAUGCCUAUGCAAUUAUUUUACCAUAAUAUAACAUACAUAUUGUUAACAAAGCAUCACUAUGAACUAAACUCUGCUCAGAAUCGUUUUUUUCGUUAACAAUGGUUUAUCGUUGCUUACAGAUGUACAUUAAAUAUCAUCUGUAUCCUACCUUUUCAACCUUUUUUAUUUUUUAUACUUUAUUUGAAAACAAUUUUUUAUUUUUCUCCCUCACUCUAUAUACUUUAAAUAAGUUUAUACUUUUGUUUCUCAUUUAUAGAAUUUUUUCUAUGAAUUUUUGAUAUACAUAACACUAAUAUUAGAUUUACAGUUUAUGAGUUAUAAGUUUUAAUGGUUUAAAGUUUAAAUCAAAGGAGUAGGUAAGAAUUAUGAAUUUACCAUUUGAAAAUAAAUAAACAAUUUAUUGUCCUUCCCUACUCCUCUGGUCUAAACUUUAAAUGGUUACAACCAAGUUAUUUAUUUAAUUAGGGUUGUUCAACACUUUAACUGUAACAUAUACAAUAUACUAUUUGGAAGAUAUACAUCUCAAAAGACAACUGUUUGUAAACUAAAGAAAUAAUAAAUAAAUAUCAAAAUUAUUAUGUUUGAUUGAUCAUAUUGUAUGAAAAAUGUGAAAAAAUCAAAUUUCAAUCAUAAAAAUUGAUUUUGAUUGAAUAAAUGGAGUUAUAGUCUUUAUAAUAUGUUAAAGAUAUCUUAUUGAGUUAAAUGUUAAAUUAACAAUAUAUAAUUCGUAUGUAUGUGUUUUAGGUUAGAAAUUUACAUAAUUGUAUAAAAGUAGCUGAAGAUUUUGUAUCUCCAGAGAAUAUCCAUCAAUCAUUUCGUAUGACGCAAGAAUUUCGUAACCUUACCGAUUAUCAUACUAAUCACGAAGACAAAUUACAGCUCAAAAAUAUCGCGUUUCAUGCAGUGAAAGACUCAAUUUCGGUUUUAAUGCAUACUAAAACAUAA